AUCUAUUGUCAAUGCUAUAUAUUUAAACUUCAGUUGGUAAAACCGAGUAUGAUAUAACAAUAUAACCGGUUUACAACAUCGAUAAACACAGGCUAUGUUAAUUUAAUUUUUCUUAUGUAAUUCUAUUUUUUGGAUAAAGUUUUAUAAAGGUAUUGGAAAGACAAGACUUAGUGUUAAAAGAAAUCGGAAAGUGCAGAUUGCAAAAAUGACAGAAGUUAAAGUUCCUGAUGCAGGUGGCGCCACGGUGACUAUGAUGGAUAUUGGGGGAUUUGCAGUGCCUAGUUUUUUCAAACAAGCGCAUGAGAUAAAGAAGAUAGUAGACGAUGUUCGUAAUUAUACGUUUCGUGACGAGGACCUCAUGCUUUGUACAUUUGGAAAAACUGGCACGAACUGGGCUUUUGAAAUAUUGAUGAUGAUUCAGAACAAGUCGGCCUCCCGGAUAGAAUCAAACAAAUUGUUUACUAUGCUUGAAGCUAAUUUUGCUGAAGUGAUUGAUAAGCAACCUUCUCCCCGGAUUAUAAACAGUCAUUUACCACCCAGAUUUCUUCCUCUACCUGGAAUGAAAUCGAAGAAAAUUAAAACGGUGUUAUGUUUACGAAACCCAAAGGACCAAGCUGUGUCAUAUUAUUGCCAUUUGAAAGGAAUAAAAACAAAUGACUAUGACGGCAAGUGGGUGGAUUGGUUACCAGAAGCUUUGAAGGGAAAAUUUGAGUAUGGGAAGUACAGUGAAUAUUUGUCAGAGUGGCAACAUUUAGCAGACGAUAAUCCAGGAUUCCCGCUUCAUAUCAUGUACUACGAGGAUCUUAAAAAGGAUGAAAAAGCUGAGUUGGACAAAUUACUGGCGUUUCUUGGUGUACAAAUAGAUGACCAGCUAAAACAGGACAUCAUUGAGAUGUGUAAGUUUGACAAAAUGAAAGCAGAUAAAGGCAAAACCUACGAGGCGUUUACGAAAUCGGACUUCGAAUUUUUCAGAAAAGGUGAAGUUGGCGAUUGGAAGAAUUGGUUCAGUGACGCUCAAAAUGAAAUGUUUGAUGACACCUGGAAGAAAGAAACUAAAGACUUAACUUUAUUUAAAUUUAGAUAUGUUUAAAUUUGCCUAAUCAUGUACUUCCUAACAGCUAUGUAAAGAAUGUAAACAUUGACAUUUAUAUUAGAGUAAGGGUGUUUCCUUUUGGUGAAAACAAAAUUGUGAUAAACCCAGUUUACUGGAGAAGUAUGCCUAUUAGUUUUCACGUGAAAAUUUGG